AUGUUAGCCAGCAUUGGGCUUCCAAUAUGGGUUGUCCUGUUAGGGCUUACCCUCACCUAUUUCUUGGGUCUCUGUAUUCAUAGACUGGUAUUCAGUCCCAUUGCACGCUUCCCAGGCCCCAAGCUGGCUGCUGUCACCUUUUGGUAUGAGUUCUACUACGAUGUAGUUCAGCGUGGCCAGUACUUUCGGCAGAUUGACAAGAUGCAUCAGCGAUACGGUCCUGUCGUCCGCGUAAACCCCUUCGAGCUCCACGUGCAAGAUCCCGAGUUCUAUCCUGUGCUGUAUACAGGACCGACUCGCCGGCGACACAAGUGGCCAUGGGCAGCAAGGAUGUUUGGCAACAAUACGUCGGCUUUCUCGACCGUCGCGCACGAUCAUCAUCGCGUUCGACGAGCUGCUCUGAACCCUCUCUUCUCUCGGACCGCAAUCCAGCGCAUGACGCCUCGAAUUCAAGACCGGCUGCAGCAGCUAUGCCAUAGAUUGGAUGAGAUGUGUUCGACCGUACGUGUUUUUGACCUGGGUCUAGCUUUCACCGUGUUUGCCGCGGAUGUCAUCACCGACUACUGCUUUGGCCGUACGCUUGACCUCGUGCACACUCCGGACUUCGCUGCAGACUGGGUCGAGAUGGUGGCGGCGCCAUCUGAGCUCAGUCACCUGGUGAAACAGUGUCCUUGGAUUGUGCCCGUCUUUCGGCGUUUCCCUCAGCAGAUAGUUCGGCUCAUCGCCCCUAGUGUCGCCCUCCUUUAUGAGAUACAGGAUAGAAUGAGCCGCCAAAUCCAGCCACUAGCAGACAGAAAGCAAGUCGAUCAUUCCUCACAUCCACUGACAGUCUUCGACACCCUGCUGGCCGGCGACCUCCCACCAGCCGAAAAGACCGUAACACGACUCAAAGGAGAAGGCCAAACGCUCAUCGGAGCCGGAACGCUCACGACCGGAAACGCGCUGAAAACGAUCGUCUUCCACGUGCUGGAUAAUCCAGAGAUUCUGCACGCCCUGCGCACGGAACUCGACGCCGCCCUUUCCACCACUGACCCGCUCACUAUGCCGGACCCAACAAUUCACCUGGAACGCCUCCCAUACCUAACAGCCUGCAUAAACGAGGGUCUCCGGCUCGCCUACGGUGUAACGCACCGACUGCAACUAAUCGCUGAAGAGCCGCUGCAAUGCUGUGGAAAGACAAUCCCUGCCGGAACGCCCGUGGGAAUGACGUCGAUAUUCAUGCACGAUAACCCGGCCGUUUUCCCUUCCCCGCGGGCAUUCCGGCCGGAGCGCUGGCUCGAGAUGGAUUCCGAGACGAGGGGGAAGAUUAUGGGAAGGCAUUUCGUGCCGUUUAGUAAAGGGUCACGGAUGUGUUUGGGCAUGCACCUUGCGUAUGCGGAGUUGUAUCUGGUGUUGGCGACGGUGUUCCGACGAUAUGAGAUUGAGAUGAUCGGGGUGACGAGGGAGGAUAUUGACAUGGCGCAUGACUUUUUUGAUCCGGCGCCGAGGAGGGAUUCGAAGGGGUUGGUUGUGAGGUUGAGGAGGAGGGGUCUUUGA